CACGGUCGACCUUGUGAUCAUUCCCUUGGGCCCGCACUUGCCCGACCACCGCGUGUUGUUUUUCCUCGUUGCCAGGCCAGGGUCUCAUCUAACUCUACGACUCGUCGUGCUACAAGCGUCCAGACUCCGACCAAGAUCGCCCUCGCUGGCUCUACCACGAACGACUGUUCACUGCAACACCUGCACCUAUAUCGAUUCCCUCUUAAUCCUCCGAACCCAUCAGCCGCAGUCAUGUCCACCACAGGUGGUACCAUGAGGGGUACACCCAAGAAUCGCAACCAAGUCCAAUAUACCAACAGUCCGUCUGGCAUCCCACGCCCUGCCCUCGACCAUCCACCACCGCAGAGCGAUGCGGGCGCCUCUACUCUCAGUGCCAGCCGGGCAAAGAUGUCCAAGAGGGACGAGGCUAUCCGCCGGAAGAUCGAGACCGAUUUGAACAAGAAGAAGAAUCCCGGAGCCCGCGUUCGCCCAUCCAGAAAGGCACCUCCUGGCACCGUCCUGGCCCUCAAGCCCAGCCAGGCCCUCCAAAUCAAGCCCAAUACAACUGUAGCUGAGGCAGCUCAGCUCAUGGCAGCGAAGAGGGAGGACUGUGUCCUUGUCACCGACGAUGAUGAUCGUAUCGCUGGUAUUUUCACAGCCAAGGAUCUUGCAUUCCGUGUAGUUGGAGCAGGCAUCAAGGCCAGAGAUAUCACCAUCGAGGAGAUUAUGACCAAGAACCCACUAUGUGCCAAAACGGAUACAAGCGCUACUGACGCAUUGGAUCUGAUGGUUAGGAAAGGCUUCCGUCAUUUGCCAGUCAUGGACGAGAACCACGAUAUCUCUGGUAUCCUCGAUAUUACCAAGUGCUUUUAUGACGCCAUGGAAAAGCUUGAGCGGGCAUACAGCUCGUCUCGCAAGCUUUACGAUGCCCUGGAGGGUGUUCAGGCCGAACUCGGUUCCAGCCAGCCUCAACAGAUUAUACAGUACGUGGAGGCUAUCAGGUCAAAGAUGUCUGGGCCAACAUUGGAGACCGUCCUCAAUGGAUUGCCUCCCGUCACUGUGUCUGUUCGCACAUCAGUAAAGGAAGCAGCCUCGCUCAUGAAGGAGAACCACACUACCGCGGUGUUAGUCCAGGACCAAGGCCAGAUUACCGGUAUCUUUACCAGCAAAGAUGUUGUUCUUCGUGUCAUUGCUGCUGGCCUUGACCCCUCCACUUGCAGUGUUGUGCGAGUUAUGACCCCACACCCCGAUUUCGCGCCCAUGGACAUGAGCAUUCAACAAGCUCUUCGCAAGAUGCAUGAUGGCCAUUACCUCAACCUUCCGGUAAUGAGCGAGGCUGGCGAGAUUGUUGGCAUGGUUGACGUCCUGAAGCUUACUUACGCUACUCUUGAUCAGAUCAACAACAUCAGCACUCAGGACAGCGAGGGGCCUGCUUGGAAUAAGUUUUGGCUGUCUCUAGAUGCCGAGACUGAAUCCAUGAUGUCGGGCGACGGAGGCAGCCGUAUACCUGGUACCCCAGACCAUCGUUCCAUGGUCUCUCACGAUAUGCAUCGACCGGGCCACAUGGACCGCGGAGACAGUGUCUUGCCAAACGAGUCUGCCUCGCAUCACGGCGACUCACCACCUGCUUCUGCUUUGGCUGGCGCGCCGCCUUCUUCGUUUGAAGACUUCGCAUUCCCGUUCAAGUUCAAGGCCCCCAGUGGCCGUGUCCACCGUUUACAAGUCACUGCUUCCGCCGGCAUUGAGGAACUCAUCUCUUAUGUGGCAGAAAAGCUCGGCAGUGAAGUGGAUUCAAUUGGCGGAACUCCUACAUUCGAUGAGGGCAAGAUCUCGAAGUCUGGCUUCGCCCUUUCCUACCUCGACAAUGAAGGAGACACCGUAUCCAUUACCACAAACCAGGAUUUGAUUGAGGCAAUCAGCCUCUCACGACUUGCCCACCGCGACAAAGUUGACCUCUUCGUCCAUGAUCCCGAGAAGCCCCCUCUACCAGCGACUGUCGAGCCACAGCCGGCAUUGGCAAAGCCCAUAACGCCACCUGCAUCGGUCCUUCGCGAUCGCAAGCAGUUUUUCGACGAUGAAGAGGAUGACGAGCCUCGUGCGAAAUCUCGUGGACAUUCGUCACCCGUGUCAAGACAAGAAGAGAUCAUUGCAGGCGUUCCCAACGACCUGCUUCUACCGGGAGCUAUUGUCACGCUUGCCGUGGUGAUAGUGGCCGUUUUUGCUCUUGGGCGUGCGUCUGGAAACAGCCGAUAAUGCUAACGCCUGAAACCUGGAAUACAUACUAUCUGAUGAGUGCACGUGUUGCGCAUUUCUCUUCGUCUCAAUUUUGAUAUCCCUAGAUGCAAUCGCGGUCUCUCCGUAUGUCGCAUUGGCCACUGUAUGCUAGGUCAUAGGUUAAUACUUGGUGGGUUUGUGGUACAUCGU